AUGAGUCAAGAGCCACCGCGACGUGCCAGCUUUGGGAUGUUACUUCGACGCAGCAAGUCAGGUAAUCUGGGGAAGGGAGGAAAGGACCAAAAGGAACAAGAACAACGUCCUGCAGUACCCAAGUCUCCUCCCCGCCUGCCUGACCUAUACAACGGUGCACAGCCUGAUGAGUUCCAAGCCUUUGGAGGAUACACUCGUCCAGAUUCUCUCGCUAUAUACCCCCCCUCUGGCCGACCUUCCAUGGACCCUGGCCGUCCUUCCAUCUCGUCCAUCCCUCCGAUGCCUCCCGUUCCCGACAGCACGUGGGUUGACCCCUACGCCCGCACAGAGAGCAUGACGCACCGUGGCAGAUACAGCUAUGCCAGCACUACGGCUAGUACCAUCAAUACCCCAAGGAGAGUCCGCAGACGCAAGGAUCCGACUCCUUUCAAUAUUCUGAUCAUGGGCACCCGUAGUUCUGGCAAGACCUCUUUUCUAGAAUUCUUGAAGACGGCUUUGGCCUUGCCAGAGAAGAACCGUUCGCAACGAGCGACUGAGAUCGGCGCAGAGGUGACCCAGCGAACCACAGCCUCGGGCAACUUCAUCCCUCACUACUUGGAAAGCGAAAUCGACGGUGAACGUAUUGGCUUGACGUUGUGGGACUCGGAGGGUUUCGAGAAGAGCAUAGUCGAUCUUCAACUGCGAGAGAUGUCAGCCUUCUUGGAGAGCAAAUUUGAGGACACCUUUGCUGAAGAAAUGAAAGUUAUAAGAUCACCGGGCGUGCAGGAUACUCAUAUACACGCCGUCUUUCUUAUUCUUGACCCGGCUCGUCUCGAUCGCAACAUCACUGCUGCGAAAGCUGCGUCAUCAAACGGACACUAUAGAGGCCAUGAUCCGUCUCGUAUUGUUGGCGUUCUUGACGAAGACCUCGAUCUUCAGGUUAUGCGUACCCUCCAAGGCAAGACAACUGUCAUCCCAAUCAUUUCCAAGGCGGAUACGAUCACUACGAAGCACAUGGCCAUCCUCAAGCAAGCUGUUUGGGCGAGCCUGAAGAAGGCCAACUUUGACCCUCUGGAACCACUUGGUCUUGAUGAGGAGGACUAUUCUCCAGAUUCUAGCAGGAUCGAAGAGGGUGACGAGGAAGAUAUCGAGGACAGUCCAAGCUCGCCUGACGAUAUCAAUCAUAGCGAAGGAAGUGCCGAGGAAGACGAUCUGCCGAUUCAGGGCUCGAACUCACCAAAUCCGAAGAGAAGGUCGAAUACUUCGGUGCGCCGCAGCAAGCAGCUCCUAGAAGAGGACAGUAACGAGAUUCCACUGCUACCCAUGUCAAUCAUUAGUCCCGAUCUUUACGAACCUGAGGUCAUUGGGCGUAAAUUCCCCUGGGGGUUUGCCAAUCCCUACGAUGAGGAACACUGCGACUUUACUAAGCUUAAGGAUGCCGUUUUCAGCGAUUGGCGAGGCGACCUCCGUGAGGCCAGUCGAGAGCAGUGGUACGAGGGCUGGAGAACCAGUCGACUUAAGCACCGGGAUUCUUCCGUCCGACGCCGAUAG